CUUACUCAUCAUCAAGCUCAACUAGCCUGUAGUUGGCUGCAACAAAAGGAACAGCUGCUCGACAGUGUCUUCAGAUACCAAAGAAGACAGAAGAAUUCAAGAUGUUACGGAGGAGGCUCAACCGAUUGUGUGGAGGAGAUGAGAAGCGAGUGGACAGCAGGACAAUCUAUGUAGGACAUCGGCCAUGUCCGGACACCGAGGCCUUCAUCCCCUCUAAAUUCUGUGACAACAGGAUCGUGUCCUCCAAGUACACAGUGUGGAACUUCCUGCCAAAGAACCUAUUCGAGCAGUUUAGAAGAAUUGCUAAUUUUUACUUCCUCAUCAUAUUCUUGGUGCAGGUAAGUGAGUGCAUUUGA